AUGCCGUACCAAUCUACAUUCCCAGCCCUUGAUAUCCCAGACAACAUCGAUCUCUGGACCCUCCUUUUCGGACCCCGGCACCGAGACUUCCCACCAACUAAGGAGAUCCUCACCUGUGCCGAAACUGGUCGGUCGUACACCUGGGCCGACCUGCGCAACAAGUCAAUCGAGGUUGGUAGGGGGCUUCAAGACCAAUGGGGAUGGAAACAGGGUGACGUUCUAGCGUUUUACACGCCGAAUUCUAUUGAUACCCCUAUUCUCACCCUGGGCGCCCUGUGGGCUGGAGGCACCGUCUCACCCGCCAACCCGCUCUAUACCGUCGAUGAGCUCGCCUUUCAACUCCGUGACUCAGGUGCUAAAGGGCUAGUAACCCAACCUGCUAACCUCCGCACUGCUCUCUCCGCAGCAGCAAAAGCCGGUCUCCCGCGAGACCGCAUCAUCCUCCUCGGCACCCAGCCCGACCCCUCCGACCGGGCUCGGCACUUCUCUGCCCUCCUCCGCCAACAUAGCAAAGACAGAAACUAUGAUAACGGCAAACUACCCCAUCCUUACCGCAUAACCCCCAAGAACGACCUCGCCUUCCUCGUCUACAGCUCCGGCACCACGGGCCUCCCCAAAGGCGUCGGCCUCUCCCACCACAACAUGGUCGCCAACAUCCUUCAAGCAAGCUACACCGAAGGCUCCCAAUGGCGUUCCCACGGCGGCCCCACAGGCGACGGCGACCGCCAGCUAGGCGUGCUCCCCUUCUUCCACAUCUACGGCCUAACCUGCGGCGUGCUGAUGUCCAUCCACGAAGGGUGGCGGCUCGUGGUGCUCGAGCGGUUCGAUAUGCUCCAGGCGCUGCGCACGAUUGAGCGGUAUCGGAUUACCUUUGCGUAUGUGCCGCCGCCGGUGGUGCUGGCAUUUAGUAAACACCCGGCGGUGGAUGAGUAUGAUUUGAGUUCGUUGAAGGUGCUGCAUUCCGGGGCUGCGCCGUUGACGAGGGAGUUGACGGAGGCGGUGUGGGGGAGGUUGAAGGUGCCGGUGAAGCAGGGGUUUGGGUUGUCGGAGACGAGUGCGGUGGUGUGUUGUCAGGUGGUGGAUGAGUGGGGGAAGUUUAUGGGGUCGGUGGGGAAGUUGAUGCCGAAUAUGGAGGCGAGGAUUGUUGAUGAGGAUGGGGGGGAUGUUGGUGAGGGUGCGUCCGGUGAACUAUGGCUCAAAGGCCCCAACGUGUUCUCGGGGUACUUCAAGAACCCGGAACGCACCAAAGAGGCCUUUUCAUCAGACGGCUUCUUCAAGACGGGUGACGUAUUCCGUCGUGACAAGCACGGCAACUUUUACUGCGUCGACCGGCUCAAGGAGCUCAUCAAGUACAACGGCUACCCCGUCCCCCCCGCCGAGCUCGAAGGCGUCCUGAUCGGCCACACCCAAGUCGCCGACGCCUGUGUCAUCGGCGUUGAGGACCGAGCCAAAGCCACCGAGGUGCCGCGUGCCUAUGUCGUGCUCCGCGACGGGGUCGAGGCGAGCGAGGCCAAGGCGAUCGAGCUCGCAGACUGGGUUGCGGGCCAGGUGGCGCCGCACAAGAAACUGCGCGGUGGGAUCCAGUUUGUGGAGAAGGUGCCGAAGUCGCCGAGUGGGAAGGUGUUGAGAAGGGUGGUGCGAGAGGAGGCGAAGAGGGAGGAGAGGGGGAAGGGGGCGAAGUUGUAA